GUGAAGCUGUUUAUGUAGAUGACAUUCCUUCACCACCAAACUGCCUGCAUGGAUCGUUUAUCUACAGUACAAAACCAUUAGCUGGUGUCAAGGGAAUCCAGCUCGAGCCUAGUCAAUUAACAGAAGGAGUCACCACCGUAAUUACUUAUAAAGAUAUCCCAACAGGAGGGGCAAAUACAGGAUCUAUUACACCGUUUGGCUCCGAGCCCUUAUUUGCAGAUGAUCUCGCCAGAUUCGCUGGAGACAGAAUUGCAGUUGUGGUUGCUGACAGUCAGAGGUUGGCUGACCUUGCUGCUAGAACGGCCGUUGUUGAAUACGAUAUUGCAAAUAUAGAUUCUCCCAUUUUAACUGUUGAGGAAGCUGUUGAGAAAACUAGCUUUUUUCAAAUCCCGCCAUUUUUAUAUCCAAAACAGGUUGGUGAUUUCACAAAAGGAAUGGCUGAAGCUGAUCACAAAAUCCUCUCUGCUGAGAUACGACUUGGUUCCGAGUACUAUUUUUAUAUGGAGACACAGACUGCCCUUGCAAUUCCAGAUGAAGACAACUGCAUGGUUGUUUAUACUUCAAGCCAGUACCCUGAGAACGCGCAUCAUGUGAUUGCCAGUUGUCUUGGUAUUCCCGAACACAAUAUCCGUGUAAUUACAAGAAGGGUUGGAGGUGGCUUUGGGGGCAAAUCAUAUAGAUCAACGCCUGUUUCCACAGCCUGUGCACUUGCAGCAUACAAGUUAAGACGACCUGUCAGGAUAUAUGUCAACCGGAACACUGACAUGAUAAUUACAGGAGGACGACAUCCGAUGAAAGUAACAUAUAGUGUGGGAUUCAAGUUAAGCGGCAAGAUCACAGCAUUACAUCUUGAUAUAUUGAUAAAUGCUGGGAUCACGGAAGAUAUAAGCCCCAUCCUACCAUUAGAUGUGAUUAACGCAGUAAAAAGAUAUGAUUGGGGUGCCUUAUCUUUCGAUGUAAAACUAUGCAAGACGAAUCUCACCAGUAAAUCAUCUAUGCGGGCUCCCGGGACAGUGCAAGGAUCUUAUAUUGCCGAAGCUAUAAUAGAGCAUGUAGCAAGUUUGCUGUCGAUGGAGGUGGACUCUGUCAGAAAUGAAAAUGUUCAUACAUUUGAAAGCCUUAACUUAUUCUAUGAUAACAUUGUACCAGAAGUAGGAGAAUAUACAUUGCCUAGUAUCAUGGAUAAGUUGGUCAUGUCGUCGAGCUUUUUUCAACAAAAGAUGUUAGAACAGUUCAACCAGAAAAACACUUGGAAGAAAAGGGGUAUAUCUCGAGUUCCAGUUGUGUUUGAAGCUACGGAACGAGCUACCCCAGGAAAAGUCAGUAUUCUGCAAGACGGAUCGAUUGUUGUAGAGAUUGGAGGUGUUGAAAUUGGCCAAGGACUAUGGACAAAGGUUAGACAGAUGACUGCUUAUUCUCUUGGUUUAAUUGAAAGUAGUUGGGCCAAAAGCCUUGUGGAGAAAGUACGAGUCAUACAAGCAGACACCUUAAGCGUAGUGCAAGGCGGACUAACGGCUGGAAGCACUACAUCAGAAUCAAGCUGUGCAGCUGUUAGGCUUUGCUGUAAUGUCUUGGUUGAAAGACUGACCCCUCUGAAGAAACAGUUGCAGGGAAAAAAUGGAUCUGUUGAUUGGCCAACGCUGAUUCGCCAGGCACAAAUGCAAUCAAUAAACUUAGCUGCAAAUUCUUAUUAUGUGCCAGAAUCGAGCUCCUUGAAGUAUUUGACCUUCGGCGCUGCUGUCAGUGAGGUGGAGAUAGAUGUUCUGACCGGAAAGACUACCAUUUUGCAGUCGGAUAUUAUUUACGACUGCGGGCAGAGCUUGAAUCCUGCUGUUGAUUUGGGACAGAUUGAAGGGUCCUUCGUACAAGGAAUUGGAUUUUUCAUGCACGAAGAAUAUCUAACAAAUGAAGACGGGUUAAUGGUCUCAAAUAGCACGUGGACAUACAAGAUCCCGACUAUUGACACCAUACCCCAAAAUUUCAAUGUUCAUGUCUUAAAUAGUGGACAUCACGAAAAACGUAUUCUCUCAUCCAAAACAUCUGGUGAACCGCCGCUGCUUCUGGCAGCUUCGGUCCAUUGUGCAACAAGAGCAGCUGUUAAAGCAGCACGUGAACAACUCAAACUAUGGGGCAAGAUCGACGGGUCUGUUUCAGAAUUCUAUCUGGACGUCCCAGCCAUCUUACCCAUUGUGAAGACACAAUGUGGCCUGGAUUAUGUAGAGAAGUUCUUAGAAACUUUGCUGGCUCAGAAAUCUAACUAAAUGUGCAUCAACAUGUUUCAAGUGAUACCAAACUAUGUUGCUCGAACUCUCCAAAAUGUUGUCAUACCUAUGUCGGUUCCUCGAAAAAUACACUACUUUUCGAAAACCCAACACACACCCAAGGGCAUUUCUAUCAUGUCUACGACAUCUUUGAUACUCACCAAAUUUGAAACUGGUAAGUACAUGACUAUGUAAUAGAUGAUUUUGUAAUAAGGUGAUUUUGUAUAUAAUCCAUAUGAUAGAUGCCUAUGUAAUAGACUGGACCACUGCAGCAACAUGACUUCUUCAAGGUACUUGUGCCUAUAAAAAGGGCAUUGUAAAUAGGAACAAAGGGCACCCAAAAAAUAAAUUGAAAUAGUAGUUGCUACCUUUUACUA